AAAAAAUAUAAUCGAAAUAAAUCAAUGGGUAGUGGUGCAAGUGUAGAAUAAGAGUAAUAAUAUUAAAAUCUACCAGCUCAGAAUAAUAUAUUCAUAGAUGAAGGAGUUGGAAUUGAAUAAUCUCAAUUAUCUAGAAAAUGGACAACUAAAAUGACAAUGUUUAAAAAUUUAGAAACUAAGAAUUUCUUAGAAACACAUUUUUAGAAUAAAUCUCCUAAAUAAAUAACUAAAUUAGAAUAAAGGCCUUCAGUUGUUUAUUCUGAAGAUAGUGAUUAAAUAGUUAAAUCUUCAAGUUCAUCUGCUAUAUCAAGUAAAAUGCAUAUUUCACAUUAAAAGAGAAAGACUCCAUUUCAUAAAGAAAAUGAAGAAGACAGUGAAGAUGAAGAAAGUGAUAUUGAAGAAAAAUAAUUACAUAAUGAUAGAAGAUAAACUAAAUUCUAAAAUUUUUAAAGUGAUGAUUCUUUUGAAGAAAGAGAUGAUGGUACUAAAUUAAUUAAAUAACAUAUAUAAUAAGCUGAAGAAACAAUUACAUCAAGAAAAAGCAGUAUAAAUUCUAAAACUGAUUAAUAAUUUUUAGCUAAUUUUGAAAUUAAAGAAAUUGCUGAAUAAAUUCACUUGGUUAAAUAAUAUUUACCCUAAAAUUAUCCAGCUAGUUAAUUAUAUAUAAGAACCAUUAUUAGUGAAUAAAAAUUAUAACCAGGAAAAGAUAAACUAGUUAAAUUAGCUUGUAGAUAAAACCUUGAUGAUUCAGAAUUAAAUGAUUCUAUUAAAAAUGAUAAUGAUAAUGAAUCAAAAUCAGAAAUAUAAACGGAUUAUUCUCCUGAAUAAUUAUUAAAUUAAAUUGGAAUAGCAAUAACUAGUAAAAAAGGUAAUAAAAAUGAUGCAUCACCUUUGGCUUCAGAUUAUUUAAUUUAUAAUGAUGAUUAUCAAAAGGUUUUAAUUUUAAGUAAUGGGCAUGGAGAAUUCGGUGAAUAAAUUAGUAAUUUAACUUAUAGAAUGGUCUUUCAUUAUUUAAUCAGAACAUCAACUUUCUAUACAAACCCUAUGAGAGGAUUAGAAGUUGUCUUUAAAAAAUUACAAAACAAACUAAAAAUGUAUAUAGAGAAAAAGAAACUAGAUGAUACUCAUAAUAUUUUACUUAGUGGUUGUGUUAUAACAGGUAUCAAUAAUAUCAUAUAAAAUUAGUGAUUAUUUAAAGAGAUUCUAAAUUAUACUGUGCCUAACUUGGAGAUAAUAGAACUUACAUCUACAAAGAACAUGUUCAUAAUAGCAAAGAGAAAAAGAUUAUAGCUGAAAUCUUACCUAUGCAUACACCUGUAGAUAAUUCUGAAAAAGCUAGAAUUUUUAAUAGUGGAGGAGAAGUAAGAAAGAAUCUUUAAGGAGAAGAAUAUGUUUUUGUUAGAGGCAGGUUGUAUCCAUAAUUACAUGUGACUAGAAGUUUAGGUGAUGUUAUAGCCCAUGUUAUCGGAGUAUCUUCCUAACCAUAUUUUUUAGAAUAUGAUAUAACUUAUUAGGACACAUUCUUAAUUUUAUCAACAUCAGCUGUCUUUUCCUAUCAAGAUCAAAAUGAUAUUAUGAAUCAUUUAAGUGGAUUUUCUCUUCAUGAUAUUAAAUCUGCUUGUGAAUCAUUAUAUAAAUAAUGCAAAUCUAGUUGGAUAGUCACAGAAGGAAUGUUCGAAGAUAUGACUAUUAUAUUAUUAUGGCUUGGUUAAUUAAAAGAGCCAAAAUGA